AUGGCUAAGCCCACUCAGCAAUGGGCUCAAAUUCCGGGUUUCUACCAUUUCAGCAAAGACUUCACUUUUCACACCAUGGCACGAGACGAUGCAGAUCCAGAGAAUAUGCACGCGCCAAAUGUUAACCAAAUACUACGAUCGAAGCGUGUACGAGUAGUAGCGACUGCUUUGGCUGUAGUGUUUGCCAUCAGUUGUGUCUUCCGCAACAGAUAUGAAGUUCGUCAGUACGCAUCUUUCAGCUCACUUUCAGUGCCCUCAACGAUCUGUGUUAAGGAAAGCAACGUAGACUGGUCACGCUUUGCCUACACUCAAUACGUCACGGACGAGACAUAUCUCUGUAACUCAGUGAUGUUGUUCGAGAUUUUAAAUCGACUUGGAAGUAAAGCUGAUCGCUUGAUGAUGUACCCCAACACGAUCGACUUGAGUUUCGAAAGCUCUGGCAGCAAACUUCUGAAGAAGGCGCAAAGCGAAUAUGCUGUAAAGCUGAUGCCGGUUGAAAUACAACACCGUAACGACGCAGACUCAACGUGGGCAGACAGUUAUACGAAACUCCUGGCCUUCAACCAAACACAAUACGAUCGGGUUCUGUCCUUGGACUCAGACAGUACAAUUCUUCAGCAUAUGGACGAGCUUUUCCUGCUACCUCCCGCCCCCGUCGCGAUGCCACGUGCGUACUGGCUUAAAGACCAUUUUCUAUCCUCUCAACUGGCUUUGAUUCAACCCUCCAACAACGAAUUCGCACGUGUGCAAGAGGCUAUUCUGACGGCAAGUGGCGGUGACUUCGAUAUGGAGAUUGUCAACAAGUUAUACGGCAAAGACUGCAUGAUCAUUCCACAUCGCCCAUACACCAUUCUGACGGGGGAGUUUCGCAAUAACGGCUCGCAUCGAAACUACUUGGGUAACGAGUACGAGACUUGGGACCCCGAAACUGCAAUCAAGGAAGCAAAAUUCCUGCACUUUUCAGAUUGGCCGGUUCCCAAACCAUGGUAUAAUGCUUCAAAGAGUUUGAUCCGUGAUAAGCAGCCUGUGUGCAAAAUGUCUGCGGACAGUGGGGUUGAGGACUGCAGAGCGAGGGAUUUAUGGUUGGGGUUUUAUCAAGAUUUCAAGACCAGACGACAACACGUCUUAUUAUUAGAGGAAGCAAAAGCCAAAACAUUAAUUUAUUUUGUGUUCCUCGUAGCGUUGGAUUUCGCCAAAACGUAUGCAGCCUUGGCACUGUUUGAACCCACUCCGCAUCUGGCAUUGCGAGAGAGUCAUUCAACUUCAGAAGUUAACAGCGACGAAACAAUCGUGUUCGACUCGAUAAUGCUAAGAUGGUACCAAGGAAAACUAGCGUCCCAUCCGACCUUAACCCAAGUCGUCGCUACGACAGUUCUAUUCGGCACAGGAGACAUCCUCGCACAAAAAUUCGUCGAAAAGAAAGGCGUCAAAGAUCUUGAAUUAUCUAGAACUGCCCGAAUGGCAUUCUACGGUGGAGCGAUAUGGCGUCCAGCAGCCACGCGAUGGUUCAAAUUCCUCCAAACCAGAAUCAAACACAAGAACAAAAACAUCGAAAUGUUCACACGUGUCGCAAUUGAUCAAACACUUUUUGCGCCAAUGAGUCUUUUGGUGUUUUUCAGCUCCAUGUCCAUCAUGGUGGGUUCGAGUCCGUCGGAAAAGCUGGAGAAGUCCUCUGUUCCUACGUCUUCGAGACCAAGAAGUGGGUAG